AAAGACGCGGCCGGCCAAGCAGCACCGGGAGAAUAAUGUGAGCUUGCGCAGACGAACCAAAUUGGCUCUGCUGAGCCCGGAGAAGGUAACAAAGGUCCUGCUGAGAAGCCGGGGAACUCAGUUUGUGGGGAAUCUCACUGGCAACCCUGAUAGAACUUGGAUAGAGUCCUACAAAGCCAGAGAAACUCAAACUCUGCAAGCAAGCAACCAUUUGUAGGAACAUUUUCUCUCUAUGGGCAAGGAACAUGGAUUUUGCAAUUUUGGCUCCUCCUUCAGUGAAAAAAGCAUACAAGUUCAUAGAGUCGUCAUGAUUUCCACAGAGCUGACUUGCUGACAGUCUCAGGCUUUAAACUCCAAAACCGCUCCAAAGCAUAUGGAUAUUCCUUUCUGCCUGGGAUCGUGUUUCUUCCUGGAGGCUUCGUGUGGGUCACACUUUCUCUCUGGAUUUACUCAAGUGAUCUGAAACAAUCUAAUCAACACCAUGUUUUUAUUUUGUUCUCACCCAGGAAGCUGACAUGAACGCCGAGAGACUUUCUUACCACUCAAGAAAGGAGAAAAGGACAUUGGACGCUCACUUCAAGCAAGAUGUCAUUUUUUUUUUGUGCUACACCAGUUCUUCUCACUUCAAUUCUGAGCAUAUACCUGGCCUGGCUGGUCUGAAAAAGAUCUAAGCAAAGUUCUUGAUGGCACAUUUAUGGAAAUCCAGGAAGAAAUCCCUGAGCUAUAGUCUAGACUGGAACAGAAAUGAGAAGCCAUGGUUCUUCAGUUGCCUCCUUGCAAAUGUUUAUGUUUUGUGUGUCCUUUCUCUGAUAAAUGUGCCCAGUUUCCUACCAGUUGUCACUGCUUCCUGCCAAUGAACAAAGACUGGAGAAGUUGCAUCAGAUUUAUUUUGUGAAUUCCAAUUUCUUCCUGGAGGUGAAAGUGGUCAGAGGCAUGAAGCUGUGGCAAUCAAUACUAGAAGCAUUUGUUCUGUUACCAUAUCUCAAUAUAUGGCUUGUCGAUGGACAAUCUCCUCCUGGGAAACCUAGAAUAGUAAGUUGCCUGUCCCAAGGAAAUGAAACAUUUACUUGUCGAUGGGAACCUAAUUCAGAUGGUGGUCUUCCUACAAAUUAUACUUUGUUCUACAACACCAUUGGUGAAGAAGAGAUCCAUGACUGUCCAGAUUACCUAUCUGCUGGCCCCAAUUCCUGUUACUUUAAUCAAAGAAUCACCAGGCGGUGGCAAACAUACAACAUCAGUGUAAAAGCUACCAAUGAUGCAGGAAGUAACUUAUCUCAUCCCCAUUAUGUGGACGUAAAAGAAAUGGUUAGGCCAACCCCUCCCAUGAAUCUCUCUUUGGAAGUCAAAAUGGUAAAUGGAAUAAUGUAUAUGUGGAUAAAGUGGUCAGCACCUCCAUGGAUCAGUGAUUCAGCACUAUGUAAUUAUGAAUUGCGACUGAAGUCUGCAGAAGGAAAAGAAUGGGAGAAUUACUUUGUGGGACAGCAGUUGCAAUAUAAAAUAUCUCACUUGCAUCCAGGAAUGAAAUAUACUGCUCAGGUUCGCUGUGUAACAGAUCAUGGUGAAAGGAGCUUGUGGAGCUCAGAAAGAUACAUCCACUUCCAUAAUGGCCAGCCUCCAGGGAAGCCAAUCUUUACAGGAUGUCGCUCUCCCGAAAAAGAAACCUUUACUUGUUGGUGGAAGCCAAGCUCUGAAGGAAGUCUCCCAAGAAAUUAUACACUGCUCUAUAAGAGAGAAAGAGAUAAAAAAUACUACGAAUGCCCGGACUACACAACAGCGGGGCCCAACUCCUGUUACUUUAAUAAAAAGCACACAUCGCUGUGGACUACCUAUAAUUUUACUUUAAAGGCGAUGAAUGAGAUGGGGAGUAGUGUGGCAGACCCUUAUUACGUGGAUGUAGCAAAUAUAGUUCAGCCAGAUCCUCCAGAAAAUCUUUCCCUAGAAUUUGAGAAAAAAGUAUAUGGACAAUAUGCGUUGGUGACUUGGAAUCCGCCUUCUCUGGGUGAUGUCAAAUCUGGCUGGUUAACUCUGGAGUAUGAAUUACACAUAAAGCCUGAAGAAGGACAAGAGUGGGAAAAAAUAUUUGUUGGGCAAAGGACGUCUUAUAAGAUGUUCAGUGUGAAUCCAGGAGAAAGAUAUGUUGCCCAGGUUCGAUGCAGGUCAGAUUAUGGUAUCUGGAGCAACUGGAGCCCUAAAAGUUAUAUUAAACUCCAAAAAGAUAUCAGCCUAAAGGAUAUAGUUGUUUGGAUCGUGGUGGUUUUUUCAUCAAUUGCCGCUUGUUUGAUCUUGAUCUGGAUACUGGCUUUGAAAAAAACCAAGAUGAUAGCUCGCCUUCUACCACCAAUUCCAGGUCCAAAAAUAAAAGGCUUGGAUGCUAAACUGUUACAGGCAGGAAAAACUGAAGAAUUGCUGAGUGCUCUUGAUUGUCAGGGUUUUCCUCCAACUUUAGACUCUGAUGAUCUGCUCAUAGAAUUUUUAGAGAUAGAUGACAGCAAAGAUCAGCAGCUAGUGCCAAAUCAUGGAAAAACUCACCCCAAUAAACAUGUAAAGCCAGCACACCAGGAAAUAGACUGCCAUUCAGGAAAAGGAAGCAGUGAGAGUCCAUCUCUAAUGCAAGAGAAAUAUAAGGAAGUCAGAAAACUUCCCCCUGCAGCAGAGGUACCGGAUUCUGAUGAGGUUCAAAGGAACGGUGAUAGAAAAAAACUCUCAGAAACAUUAAAACUAGACCCUGAAAAGUGUCUCCCACAGUUGACUACUAAGAGCCUAAAGUCAUCUACGUGGCCUGGAGACCAGCCUGGGCACUCUCACAGUCCGAAGUUUUUCUCUCAUGAUGCCAUAGAGAUCUGCAAAAGGGUACUCAAAGCGACAAAUGUAAAAAGGUCACCCAUUUUGGGGAGAAGUGAAGAAAAGCACUGUUCUCAACCUCCGGAACCCAUUGAGACAGGCCAACUGGAAGAUGGAGCCAAUUUGUCUCUAAAUGCUCAGCAUAAUCAAGAGGCAUUCUGGUUAGUGCCUCCAGAGCAGUUGCCUUUUACAUCUACAAAGCCAAUGGAUUAUGUAGAAAUUCACAAAGUCAGCAGUGAUGGAGUGUUGGCUGUGCUACUCAAGCAGAAAGAAAGCCUUGACAAAACUGAAAAGGGUCCUCUGCCUUCAGAUGCACAAGAAUACUCCAAGGUUUCAACUGUUGUAGCUAAUCAUAUUCUGGUAUUAUUACCCGAGACCAAAAUGGAGGACUUGCCUUCUUUUCAGGAACCCCCAAAGGAGUCCAAUCCGGAAAGCCAGGCAGAGAUAAACACUAUCUAUCGCCUCCCAGUUCCCAACACGUGCAAAAUACAGACUGGUGGUUUAGAUUACCUGGAUCCAAAUAACUUUAUGCCAGCCUUUCAAUAAACAAAUUGAAAUUCCCAGGUGAUGUAAGGGAAAAAAAAACAUUCUUGGCACAAAAUUGCUCAUCUGUAGCUCACAUCUUUUUAUGUUUUGUAUUCAGUCAUUAAGAACAGACAGAAAAAUUCAUAUUGAUGACUGUGAUUAAGGGAGUUGUUUUAGUGAAAUCUGACUUUAGGAAAAGUAGGUGUCAUUUGAUUUCAAACUACAACCUAUUGCAUUUAUUUCUGACAUGCCUUAGCAAAAAUGACAAAGUAUUAAAAAUUUCUGGUUAAGGACGAUUAAGCGCCCUCGGAUGAAGGCUACACUACAUACGCAACCCACCAUUUUACUUCUCAUUUAUUGAAACUUGACACCUGACACCAUGCAGAAGAAAUAAACAAGAGCCCUGCACUUUCAAGUGCCGCAGAAUUGUAUCACCCUCAAAUUUCUGGUGUCUCUUUUCUACACCUGUCCCUCCUCCUCACCAUUUGAGAAAGGGGCACCUCCUGCCUGCUCUCCUUUAUUCCCACCAGAUGCAAAAGAUGGAUGGCAUUAGAAAUGACUGAUGACAAAAGGUUGAAUAGCUGCCAUUUAUAUUUAAGAGGAGAAUAUUUGUAGUUCAGAGUUGAAAUGAGAGGCCCUUGGUGUUCUCUGAAUUAGGUUGUUUUCUUGCGGACAUUUCAUUACCCAAUGAAGUGCUCAGUGGAAGCAUUAAACCGUCUCAAGGAAGCAUGGGAGUAUUGGGAGGCCCAUGGCAGUGAGCAGGGAAUUUGCUGUUGAUGCCCAAGUUGGGUCAUUCUUUUGCCAGCCAAAAACAGGAUGCUUUCCUGUUGCCUCAGUAGAAUAAAUAUGACACUUAACAACCAAACAAGUCCCUGAAUUCCAUGGCAUAAAACCAACACCCAUCACAUGCUGCAUGAUUGUAUUCUGUUGUUAUUCAUGCAGGCUCUAUGAUAUGCUGCUAAUGAAAAUUUGCAAAUUUAUGUCACAUGCUGCUAUGUAUGUUAACACAUUUUAGAAGCUCUAAAAAGGACGGGUGUUGUUAUUUCUCUGCUUUUUCCUAUUUAAAAGAGUCCUAUUUUUUAUAAAUGUUUACAAACUUACCUCAUUUUAAGCUACUAAAAUAUACCUAAGUAGGGAGGAGUGGGAGGAAAUUGUGCCUUCUGUAUGGCUUUGGUGUGCUAGGUUCUUGAAUUCCUUUUUGGCUGAGCUCAUUCCAAAGAUCUCCCUUGUCAAAAUAAGUGAUUUUCAAAUUCCAGCCUUUGGGAAAGGGGGAGAUUUAAACUAGCCCACUUCUGUGUCACUCUAACUUAGUUUAAUUCAAUUUCAUAUAUUGCCUUAUUGUACAUAAUAAAAAAGUUACUUUAAUUGUA